CGACCCGUAUUUUUUAUUUCGGAAGUAUGGUUGUUGGCGGAAUCAACAGGAAAUGAUAGACUAACAGCAUUUGGUAACGUUAGAUUACAGCGAAGAAAUGUAAUUGUUUUUUUUUUUUUACUACCAAACCCACUUUGCAUUUUGCAUACAUUAUAUGAAUGUUAACUGUGGUUAUUUUAUGUUUCCGGUCAUUAUUUAUCGCAUGUGUCGGACUCUAGAUUGAACUCUGAUUCACAACUAGCUAACCUAGCUCGCUAGUGCAGCAAGCUAGCUAGCUUAGUGUUGACCGUCACAAGCAACUCUGCAGUUAGGUUAACGUUUAGUUUGGUUUGGCGGAAGUCACACAACGGUUAAUGUGGACCGACUAACAUACGCGGGCGACUUGUUUGCCGUUAUCUGGACUAAAAACUGAGUUAAAGACACUGGCACGUCCAUCUUAAAGACACCGACGUUAGCUGUGCCCGACAACUGCAGUCUUUGCCAGUCGGAAAUUGUCUGCUUUUCAGUUGACUGAAAGUAAAGGACAGUUAUCGUACGCCAUUACCAUAAUGGCCGAAACGAUAGCAACGUUUCAGUCCCAACUUUCAGGUGUAAUGGAAACUGUCUUCAAAGCUGCCAUGUAUGAGAUCACGCGGCUGGUCGAGGACAGUUUCUUGGAAGAGGUGACAAGGUGCCGGGAGCAGGUCGAGUCCCUGAAGAGGCGACUGAAGGCGGAGAGCCGCCGUAAAGACAGAGAGGGAGACAGGAAGGGAAGAUGCAUUGACUGCGGAAAAGUCGGGGAGGAUACUCACAGUAAGACAGAGAAAAGUCUUAAACAGGAGAGUGUGUUGCAAGAAGAGAUACAUAGUUCCCGAAGCAAUGCAGGAGGGCCACCUAUUCAUGAAGCGGAGGAGACGAGACCAGAGGCCUGCAGUGCCAUGACGGCACCACAGUCUCCAGGUGUACAGGGUGAAAAGAUGAAUAGGCUGCUCAAGGAGGAAGUCCUUCGGAUCACACCAGAAACUAAUGAGUCCCAAGAGAGAUGGGGAGUCAAUUUGGAUGAGGCAUCAGGUCUGCCAGGGCCCAGUAAACGUUUUGUUGACCAGAAGAUCCCAAAGAGUCAUUUGAACUGGGAAGCUGGCUAUGACCAGAGGCCAGAAUCGGGGCAAGAUGGACACUCAGGUGACCCAUCUGAACCACUUUUCCAUAGCAGGUAUGGUAUGGAAGAAUUGGGUGGCUUUAGCAAAACUGGCUAUGGAGAUUCCAAUAUGAUAGACAUGGGUAACAUGGAUGGGUUACAAGGAUCACCUUCCCAACUGGGUGAGGAUCUGAACUACAUCGGGCACUAUGAGGGAGAUCUGGAAGCACCAGAAGGAGCCGAGCAUCAAGUUUACCAAACAGGUGCUGCACCGAAUAGAGGGGGCACGGUCGGUUCACCGGCUGGCUCUCCCACAAGGACAAACAUUGAUGUAAGAGGAGAGCUGAGCUGUUUAUUGAUCAAUGAAGAAGGUUAUCUACAGGACCCCAGUAUCUUGUACCCUGGCAAUGUGUCUAGUGAUCCGGGCGGCAGGUUGAAUUUCAGGGGCCAGGGCAUUCGCAUUGACCCUUCUUUAGACAACACAGAGGAUAUGUAUAGACCAUCCGAUGCAUACAGUGAUACCGUAAACCUGGGAGAGAGACUGCAGCAUCAGGUAGGAGGGAGAGGUGGGAGGAGACACACCUGUAACCAGUGCUCCAUGUCCUUCCCUGACUUAGCCUCACUAAAAGCCCACAAACAGACGCAUAAAGGUACCGUACAAGUGUCACCGUACUCCUGCACCCAGUGCGGAAAGACCUUUACUCAAGCCUGUAACCUCAAAGUCCACCAGAGGAUCCAUUCGGGGCAGGGACUCCACCUCUGCAGCCAUUGUGGGAAAGGAUUCCCUUCUUUUUCUGACCUAAAGACACACAAGUGUGGCCAAACAGGUGACAAACCGUACUGCUGCAUUGUAUGCGGGAACAAGUUCAGCCGUCUCUGGAAUCUGAAGUUGCACCGGAGAAUUCACACACAGGAAAAACCUCAUCGGUGCAAUAUGUGCGAUAAGAGCUUCACACGGGCAGACAUAUUGAAGGUUCACCAGCGCACCCACACGGGGGAAAGACCAUACUGCUGCACUGUCUGUGGCCUCAGCUUCAAACGCCUGGAUCAUCUGAAAUCACAUCAACGUAAACACAUGACAGAUCUAUAAAGAGCUUUUGGGGAAAGAGCAUCAGAAGGCUCAUAAAUGAAUAUGUUAAUUUUUAAAUCCAAAACCACAUUUUUUUUUCUUCUCUUCAAUUCCACGCCUUUUGUGUUUUUUUUUUAAAAAACUUGUUUCAAUGAAUAAUAUAGGACAAAGAUGACAAAUACGUCUUUAUUUGUACACAUUUUUUGCUGCAUAUUUUCCACAACAUUGUCCUUGUGAAACAUUUCAAAAUCAAUAAAAAAAAGAAGUAUAUCUGUUAA